AAAGUAAUAAUUAAGGGAGAGGUUUUAUCAUUAGAAGGGUACAAAUGGGUGGGUCAAAUUCACAUAAAAACCCACGCUUUCUCUCAAUCUGCAGUGGAAGUCACAGACACACGAUCCCAUAAUGGAGCUGCGAGAAGCAACCACCACCAUCAUCUCUGCUCUCUCCACUCUCUCUCCACCGCAGCUUUCAGAUCUUACCCACUCCAUCCUUUCUCAAUCUCUCUAUCAUCACCACCGUCUCUCCUCUCUCCUCUCCUCUCCCUCCUCCUUCUUCUUCACUCUCCACUAUCUCCAUUCUCUUUCCCUCCCUCACAAAACCCUUCUCAUUGCCAAACAUUUCCUUUCCUCCCUCCACCAACUCACCCGUCACUUCCACCCACCUCCACUCCCUCCUCAUCCCUCCGCCACCAUCAAACACCGGGAUCUUGACGCAGCGUUGCUUCUCCUACUCCUUUGUGAAGUCCAUCAAUAUAACCCUGAAAUACUCAAAACCCCACGUACUGAAUGGGGGAGAAUUUUAAGCAAACGCUAUUCUGAUUCCAUUUUAAUGCAGUCUGGAGUUGGGGUGCAUUACGGUGGCGUCCUUUUACCGUUCGUUGAGAUGAUAAUAAGGUGUUGGAGGUUUGUUUCUGUAAUGGGUGGUUGUGGAAGGAAGGAGAGGAGAGAGGUGGCAGCUGCACCAUCAGCAGUAGUGGCGCUACCGACGGUGGAGUUGAAAGGAGGUGGUGGUGGGGAGUGUGUUAUAUGUAGAGAAGAGAUGAGAGAAGGAAGAGACGUGUGUGAGUUGCCAUGUGAACAUUUGUUUCAUUGGAUGUGCAUAUUGCCAUGGUUGAAGAAGAAGAACACUUGCCCGUGUUGCAGGUUUCAGCUUCCCACCGAAGAUGUGUUGGGAGAGAUCCAACGGCUGUGGAGUUUUCUGAUCAAGAAAGAUUUUUUUGCUGAGCAACGUGUAAUGUAACAGCUGAGCGUUGUAGAAUCACAAGUUGAUGAUAGUGACACGUGUGGUUAACCACAGAGGCAAGUGUAUGUAUAGAUUAGAAAAUAAAAAUAAAUGAAAAUGAUAAUGAUAGAAUUUCUUUUUCUUUUUCUUUUUCUUUUA